AUGGAAUUUGUGGUGUAUGAAGACCAGGUCAUGUCUCAAGAUGGUAUGGGAGGCUACUCCAUAUCGGAGCAUCGCGUGGACGGCCCGGGUGAUGGCAUGUCUCUCUCAAGGGUCUUCCGGGACGACGGGACGGUCCAAUCAGGGAUGGCUGUUCCGGCAUGUCUCCAAGGGAGAAGGCCCGGCAGUUGUCGGGAAUCCAUAAGUGGCAUCGCAUGGGACGGCAAGCACGAAUUGCAAGCGAUUCUUUCUGUCUUUACAGCUGGUGUCCAAGGAAUGUCUUGGCGUAAGAAGGAGAAGCAAAAGUGGGCAGAGGGCGGGGCAGAGCCGACAGAAAGGUCAAGGUAA